CGUUGCCAGCCCUGGAGGAUUCCUGCCGUGAAGGAAGAGUCGCGGGCGGCAGCCAGCGUGGCCAACUGGGCGUCGGCACGUGGAAGCCCAGGUGUGAUCAGCAAUGGAAGAGAGACCUGGCUUACCUACCACAUACGAAAGAACAGUUUACAAAAACCCCUCCGAGCACCACUACAUGAAGGUCUGCCUAGAGUUUCAAGACCGAGGGGUCGGACUGAGUGCUGCCCAGUUCAAACAGCUAAUCAUCUGGGCUUUGAAGGACCUCUUUGGGGAGGUUGGUGCUGCUUUGCCCGUGGAUAUCCUGACAUACGAAGAGAAGACCUUGUCGGCCAUUCUGAGAAUCUGCAGCAGUGGGCUUGUCAGGUUGUGGAGCUCCUUGACCCUGCUAGGAUCGUACCAAGGCAGAAAAUGUGCUUUCAGGGUGAUUCAGGUUUCUCCCUUUCUACUUGCAUUGUCUGGUAAUAGUAGGGAACUCAUAUUGGACUGAAGAGACUUCAAUUUCGGAAGACUCUCAAAAC